UUUUGACAUAUGAUUUACAUUUGUUUCAAGUCUUCAACUAUUGUUUUAAAAUGUAAUCUGCCUUCAUGCAUGGCAAGUGCCACAUUUUUCAGAAUAGCUAGCUAACUUAGUUUGUCUAAUAAUUAACUCUAAAUCGCAUAAACCUAACCAAUUGAGCGAGGUAGCUAGCUAAUCCUGUUGAAUUAAUUUGUCAACAAACGCACCCACGGUCAUCUGCAGCACUGUGGCUAGCACACUCACGUAGCUACUACACUGUGGAUGGUUAACUAUCUAGUAGGGGAACAAUUGUACUUUUAAUGAAUGACUGUGCCUUUAUUUAGUUACUAACGCUAGCUAGCUACCUAUUUGCAAUGUACCAGCUAUCUGAUUAAUUGUGUUUUCAUUAUUGUGUGACAACUGGAGAGCACACGCCGCCGGAAGAGAUGAAGUGAUUGAUAAUCUCGCCCGUAAUCCAUUCCUGUCCUAGUGCCUUGUCUCUUCUGCAUUUAACGUUAUGACCAAAGAUCAGUCUGGACCAAACUACAAGCUAGUCUCGCUAGCCGCCUACCAAAGAGACAUUUCCUGGACGAUUGAUGAGUUGUGAAGAUGAACACUCAUAAAGCUGCGUUGUGCAAGGUCCAUAUUUUAAAGUUAUUUCUGACUUCGGCAAGGUGCGGGAGGAUCACACGAUUCCAUGGUGUGUGUGGACUUUCCACCUCCACACCUGCCUCCAGUACCAAGGUGUGCAUAGUUGGAGGUGGCCCAGCUGGCUUCUACACUGCACAACACCUAGUCAAGACUCGGACAGAUGUUCAGGUGGACAUCUACGAGCGUCUACCCGUCCCCUUCGGCCUGGUCAGAUUUGGGGUGGCCCCCGACCAUCCAGAGGUCAAGAACGUCAUCAACACCUUCACCCAAACGGCCCAGCAUGCCAGGUGUAGUUUCCAUGGCAAUGUGAGAGUGGGGAAGGACGUCACUGUGGAGGAGCUUCAAGAAGCCUACCACGCUGUGGUGCUGAGCUAUGGAGCGGAGGGGAACAGGACAAUGGGUGUACCAGGGGAAGACUUGGCUGGGGUGUACUCUGCCAAAGACUUUGUCGGCUGGUACAAUGGGCUGCCUAGAAACAGUGAGCUUAGGCCGGAUCUGAGCUGUGAGACGGCUGUCAUUCUGGGGCAGGGUAACGUGGCACUGGAUGUUGCGAGGAUACUGCUAUCUCCUGUAGAUAUUCUGAAGAAGACUGAUAUCACCCAGCAUGCACUAGAUGCCCUGGCAGAGAGCAGUGUCCGCAGGGUGCUCAUUGUGGGGCGCAGGGGACCCCUACAGGUGGCCUGCACUAUUAAGGAGCUGAGAGAGAUGGUGAACCUGCCUGGCACCAGACCAGAGAUGGAGGCGUCUGAGUUUGAGGGCAUAGCAGAAACUCUUAAAUCGCUGGCCAGGCCCAGGAAGCGUCUGACCGAGCUGCUGCUGAAGGCUGCAAUAGAGACUCCAGGGGAGGAGGAGUUGGAGAGACGGAACAGGGCAGAGCGGGCCUGGGGAUUCCGCUUCCUCCGGAAGCCCCUGGAGGUCCUCCCCUCCACUGACCUCAUCAGGGCCGCAGGGAUACGAUUGGCUGUCAAUCGGCUGGAGGGCGACGGUGAGGGGGUGAGGGCAGUGGCCACCGGUGAGGUGGAAGAUGUGGAGUGCGGCCUAGUCAUCAGCAGCAUCGGCUACAAGAGCCUUCUCAUCGACCCCGCCGUCCCCUUCGACGCCCGAAAAGCCAUCAUCCCCAACACUAUGGGCCGCGUGCAGCAGACUGCAGGUCUGUACUGCAGUGGCUGGGUGAAGAGGGGUCCCACGGGGGUGAUAGCCACCACCAUGAACGACAGCUUUGACACAGCCAGGACUCUGCUACAGGACAUUGGCAAAGGAACACUGGAUGUAUCCACCGUCAAGCCUGGCUCACAGGGGGUCUCCGCCCUCCUGGAGAAAAGAGCUAAUUACCUGCAAUUAUACACAUAGAUGAUGUGAGCAAGACCUCUAAACAGGUCAACGUUCACAAGGCCGCGGGGCCAGACGGAUUACCAAGAUGUGUACUCCAAGCAUACGCGGACCGACUGGCAAGUGUCUUCACUGACAUGUUCAAACUCUCCCUACAUACAUGUUUCAAGCAGACCACCAUAGUCCCUGUGAAGAAAGCGAAGGUAACCUGCCUAAAUGAUUACCGUUGGUAGUCAUGAAGUGCUUUGAAAGGCUGGUCAUAGCUCACAUCAACAACAACAUCCCAGAUACCCUAGACACACUCCAAUUAGCAUACUGCCCCAACAGAUCCACAGAUGAAGCACAAUCACACGCCACUAUGCCCUUUCCCACCUGGACAAAAGGAACACCUAUGUGAGAAUGCUGUUCAUUAACCUCUUGAAACUAGAGGGCACUAUUUUCAUUUUUGGAAAAAUAACGUUCUCAAAGUAAAAAGGCUAUUUUUCAGGACCAGAUAAUAGAAAAUGCAUAUAAUUGACAGCUUAGGAUAGAAAACACUAAAGUUUCCAAAACUGUAAAAAUAUUGUCUGUGAGUAUAACAGAACUGAUUAUGCCUGAGUAAAAUCCAAUCAGGAAAUGACUCUUAUUUAGAAACCUCUGCGUUCCUAUGUGUCCCUAUUGAGCAGUGAACGGGAUAUCAACCAGAUUUCUUUUUCUAUGGCUUCCCUAAUGUGUCUAGUGUCACAAGACAGUUCCAGGCUUUUAUUUUGAAAAAUUAGCGUGAGCGACAACAUUGCGUCAGUGGUCAGCUGGUGGCUCAGUGAUGUGUGCGUAAUAGACAAAUGCGGCCAUUGUUUCUCUCGCUCCUACUAAGAAGCCAACUGACCCGGUUGAUAUAUUAUCUCCAACACCAUCAUUAAGUUUGCUGACAACAACGGUGCUAGGCCUGAUCACCGACAAUGAUGAGACAGCCUAUACGGAGGAGGUCAGAGACCUGGCAGUGUGGUGCCAGGAAAACACCCUCUCCCUCAACGUGAGUAAGACAAAGGAGAUGAUCAUGGACGACAGGAAAAGAAGGACUGAACACGCCCCCAUUCACAUCUAGGCAGGUGUAGUGGAGUGGGUCGAGAGUUUCAAGUUCCUUGGUGUCCACAUCACCAACGAACUAUCAUGGUCCAUACACGUCAAGAAAUUCAUGAACAGGGCACGACAAUGCCUUUUCCCCCUCAGGAGACUGAAAAGAUUUGGCAUGGGUCCCCAGAUCCUCAAAGUUCCACAGCUGCACCAUCGAGAGCAUCCUGACCGUUUGCAUCACCACCUGGUAUGGCAACUGCUCUGCAUCCGACCAUAAAGUGCUACAGAGGGUAGUGCGUAUGGCCCAGUACAUCACUUGUUGUUGAAGUUGGAAGUUUACAUAUCCCUUAGCCAAAUACAUUUAAAAUCAGUUUUUCACAAUUCUUGACAUUUAAUCCUAGUAAAAAUUCCUUGUCUUAGGUUAGUUAGGAUGACCACUUUAUUUUAAGAAUGUGAAAUGUCAGAAUAAUAGUAGAGAGAAUGAUUUCUUUCAGCUUUUAUUUCUUUCACCACAUUCCCAGUGGGUCAGAAGUUUACAUACACUCAAUUAGUAUUUGGUAGCAUUGCCUUUAAAUUGUUUAACUUGGGUCAAAUGUUUUGGGUAGCCUUCUUCAAGCUUCCCACAAUACUUCCCACAAUUGGGUGCAUUUUUGGCCCAUUCCUCCUGACAUGCUCUUUAAAGCUUUAAGCCAUCUUGCCACAACUUUGGAAGUAUGCUUGGGAUCAUUGUCCAUUUGGAAGACCCAUUUGCGACCAAGCUUUAACUUCCUCACUGAUGUCUUGAGAUGUUGCUUCAAUAUAUCCACAUAAUUUUCCUCCCUCUAGAUGUAAUUUAUUUUGUGAAGUGCACCAGUCCGUCCUGCAGCAAAGCACCCCCACAACAUGAUGCUGCCACCCCCGUGCUUCACAGUGGGGAUGGUGUUCUUUGGCUUGCAAGGCUCCCCCUUUUUCCUUUUUUCCUUAUUUUUGUUUCAUCAGAGCAGAGGACAUUUCUCCAAGAAGUACACUCUUUGUCCCCAUGUGCAGUUGCAAACCGUAAUCUGGCUUUUUUAUGGCGGUUUUGGAGCAGUGGCUUCCUUGUCCGAGCAGCCUUUCAGGUUAUGUGGAUAUAGAUACUUUUGUACCGGUUUCCUUCAGCAUCUUCACAAGGUCCUUUGCUGCUGUUCUGGGAUUGAUUUGCACUUUUCACACCAAAGUACGUUCAUCUCUAGGAGACAGAACGCGUCUCCUUCCUUGAGCGGUAUGACGGCUGCGUUUCUUUUCUGAUGUCUUGGCUGAUUUCUUUUGAUUUUCCCAUGAUGUCAAGCAAAGAUGCACUGACUGUGAAGGUAGGCCUUGAAAUACACAGGUACACCUCCAAUUGACUCAAAUGAUGUCAACUAGCCUACCAGAAGCUUCUAAAGCCAUGACAUCCUUUUCUUUAAUUUUCCAAGCUGUUUUAAAGGCACAGUCAACUUAGUGUAUGUAAAGUUCUGACCCACUGGAAUUGUGAUACAGUGAAUUAUAAAUUAAACAAUCUGUCUGCAAACAAUUGUUGGAAAAAAUGAUUUAUGUCAUGCACAAAGUAGAUGUCCUAACCGACUUGCCAGAACUAUAGUUUGUUUACAAGACAUUUGUGGUUGAAAAACGAGUUUUAAUGGCUCCACCCUAAGUGUAUGUUAACUUCCGACUUCAACUGUAUAAACUAGGCAGUGUCAGAGGAAGGACUCCAGCCUCUAGACAGACUGUUCUCUCUUUUACCGCAUGGCAAGCAGACCCGGAGCGCCAUGUCCAGGUCCAAAAUGCUUCUUAACAGCUUCUACCCCCAAGCCAUAGGACUCCUGAAUAAUUAAUCAAAUGGGCACUUAGACUAUUUGCAUUGUCCCCCACCACAACACACACAGUCACUUUAGCCCUACUUACAUAUACAAAUUACCAUGACUAACCUGUACCUCCACACAUUUACUCGAUACUGGUACCCCCUGUAUAUGGCCUUAUUAUUGUUAUUUUUUUGUGUAAAAAAAAUUAAUCAUAAUUAACUUUUUUAUUUAGUUCGUUUCUUAACUCUAUUUUCUAAACUGCAUUGUUGGUUAAGGGCUUGUAAGUAAGCAUUUAAGGUAAUGUCUACCUACACCCUUUGUAUACCUGUUGUAUUUGGCGUAUGUGACAAAUACAAUUAGAUUUUAUUUUACCAUAGGGUGGAGAGAAAUGUUUGCGGUUUUUAAUGAUAUCUGGGUGAGACUGAAUAACAAAAUCAAUGGAGCCCCCCCAGACCGUAAUUCGACCAUGAUAACAAGUUUAAAUAGCUGGCCGCUAAACUAACUUAGCAAUCUAAAACUCUUAGCUGACAUUGGUUAAUUGAGUGACUAUCAAAUUGUAUUGGUCACAUGCGUUGAAUACAACAGGUGUCGACCUAAUAGUGAAAUGCUUACUUACGAGACCCUAACCGACAGUGCAGUUUAAAAACAUACGGAUGAGAAUAAGAGCUCAAAGUAACAAGUAAUUAAAGACUGACAAAAGAGAAACAGGCAAUUUUCGAAAUUGCAACUAUUCUAUCUUACAAGAAUAUAUUUGUAUUUAUUUUGUAUGUAAAAAAAAAAUUUUUUUUUAAAGUUUGAUCUGAGGGCUUUCAAAAGUGCCUGCGGGCCACCAGUUGCCCAUCCCUGAUUUACAUGAUAACAAAUCAUGACGGCUGGAAAUACCCUAAGGCAAAUGUUAAUCUUGCUGACUCCAUACAGACCGCUCUCUGUCACUAAGAUGCCAUAAACGGAGCCUGACUAAAGAGAAAGGGAUAAUAAUAACAAUGUAUCUCCACUGUAAUGUAAAGUCAGCAACAACAAAAAAGAAACAUUCCUUUUUCAGGACCCUGUCUUUCAAAGAUCAUUUGUCAAAUUCCAAAUAACUUCACAGAUCUUCAUUGUAAAGGGUUUAAACACUGUUUCCCAUGCUUGUUCAAUGAACCAUAAACAAUGAACAUGUACCUGUGGAA